UUGUUACUUCUGUAAAAAAUACCUCAUGCUUUUUCUGUAAAAAUAAAUUAAAUGCAAAAGUUUUGCAUUUUUUUUUCUGCACAUCUGGAAGGUAAAAGUCCCAAGCGGUUUGUGAAGAGUUAAAUCUGUGGACUGAGUGACAUGUGGUUUUGAGAAUUCUGAAACUUUCAUGUGUUUAAUUUUUACCAAAACAAUUUCUGGUUGAAUUUUCAUUGAUAAAAAAAUGUCAGAAUCUGACCGUGUGAAGUGUUUUCACAGGCCGCAAUGCAUAAACAUUAGUUUUUAUAUAAUGUUUGAAAAAAAUUCAAUUUAUAGCAUAUAUCUAUAUAUUUUUUGUUUAUCUCAUCAUCUCAUCUCAUUAUCUCUAGCCGCUUUAUCCUUCUACAGGGUCGCAGGCAAGCUGGAGCCUAUCCCAGCUGACUAUGGGCGAAAGGCGGGGUUCACCCUGGACAAGUCGCCAGGUCUAUUUUUUAUGUUUUCCUGAAUUAAAAUGGAUGUGACUGUGAAAUGAGAGACACUGCUGAUAGAUAGACUUUAUUUAUUGAGCUCAAGCUGGGAAAUUGUUGUGUUAUAGCAGCAAGUUAUCAGACAUGCAAAAAGAAAAAGACACACUGUAUAAAAUAGAAUUUAAUUUCUGAUGUAAUAUGAUGCAGUCUGUGCAGAUGUAAUGAGAAGAGUCUGGCUGCAGACUGGAGCUCCACUCUAGACACACAACAUGUGACCUCCAAGUGACCUCCUAAUCCAAACUCUAACCCUAACAUGGUUCCUGUUUAGACUGGAGGUCAUGUGUUUCUUGUAUUUCCUAUUUGUUAAUACUUUUAAGUAGGGAUGUCCCGAUUUCCGAUCACGUGGUUUCAGGCUCACUCGGAAUCGGGCAUUCCCUCCCGAUCAGGGAUCGGAUAUCUGUCUAUAUAAUAUAUUCUCAUUUUUAACACAUCAAUAGCUAUGCGUUGGCACUGAGUGAGACCAGACCUCCUGUCUCAACGCAGCAACAUCAACGCGUGCGGCAUGAUGUCACUUUGUAGCAGAGACGCUAUUGGCUGCCUGUUGCCGGCGAAGCUGAACACGGAAGCGGAAAGCAGAGCAUGUCUGCGGUGUGGUGGCAGUAUUUCACAGUUGAUGACAGCAACAUUGCCAUAGCAAACUGUGAAAUAUGUAAAGUUGGAAUUUCAAGGGGUGGACAGGAAAGGGCCACAUUUAAUACAACAAACCUGAGAAACAAACAGCCGACGCAAUACAGCGAGUUUACACAGGCAACGCAGCCAAAGCACUCAGCUCACACUGCAGGAGAGUUUAACAAGGAAAGAAAAAAUGCCCCGUGAAAGCGCAAAGGCACAGGAGACCAUAGCCAAGAUAGCACAGAUGAUUGCAAUGAGUGACCUGCCUGUAGAGAACCCUGGGUUAUGGAGCACGUAGAAGCUUGAUUUGAAAUGCCAUCUUGUCACUAUUUCACCGAGAAAGCUCUGCCAGCCCUUCAUAAGAAGAUUUCUGACACACUGCGUGUCCUGUUAUCAGAUGUACCCCAUGUUUCGUUCACCACAGACAUCUGGAGUUCGUCCAUGGCUCCCAUGUCUCCACUCAGCCUUACCGCACAGUGGAUUGAGUCCAGUUUUGCUUUGCGCCAUGCGACCCUGCAUGCCCAGGAAUCUCGCGGAUCGCACACUGCAGAACGCAUCCAGCAAGCGAUGGAAAAUAUGCUCAUCAACUGGGGAACUGACAAGCAACGGGUCCACAUAAUUCUGCGCGGCAAAUAUGAAGAAAGCUCUGAGGGAUGUGGGGGUGCCGAGUCUGGGCUGCGGGGCCCACUCCUGCAUGAGGGCCUGCUGUCUCAGUGCAGCGUGACCGAGACCCUGGCCAACGCAAGCAAGAUAGUAGGCCAUUUUAAACACUCCCCGUUGGCCUACUCUCGACUAGAAGACAUCCAGACGGAGCUUCAUAUGGAUACUAAGCGCCUACAGCAAGAUGUACCGACACGAUGGAAUAGCAGCCUCUACAUGCUGCAGAGCCGACUGGAACAAAAAUGCGCUCUUGGUGCGUUUGCAGCUGAGCUGAGCGCACUCUACCAGCUACACUGUCAGCUCACCAGUGGGAGCUGAUGAAGAAGAUGGCUGAUGUGCUAUCCCCCUUUGAAGAGCUGACCAGGGAUGUGAGCAGGGAGACUGCAACGGCAGCUGAUGUGAUCCCUGCCAUAACAGGCGAUUUGUAUUUUAAUUUAUUAGUUUAUACUGUAACAUUUAUUGAUGUUUGAAAAAAAAAUGAUCUCAUGCAUUCAUUAAGUCAAUCAUUCACUCAUUAGUCCUCAGACGUGUUCAGUCUUGGGACGAUGAUGAUGAUGACCAGGGAAUAAAAACAAUGAAGAGGACUCUCCUGGAGGCAGUGGAGAAGCGCUUUGCUGAUGUUGAAACUGAGCCACUCUACUACAUCGCCACUCCUCUAGAUCCCAGAUACAA